AUGGAUGGGGAUUUAGAGAUGUGCAAUGAAAUGGAUUCCGUUGAAUUCAAGUUGAAAAAGAGUUUGUUUAGUCAUAUUAAAUCUGGAGAAAGUCUGUUAGACUUGUUUUGCUUCCAAAGAUUAGGAAUUUGCGAUCAAUUAUAA